AUGAAAUAUUUUUCAACAAGAGGUUCGCAAGAUCUUCUCACAUUCUCAGAAGCAGUCUUAGUAGGUUUAUCUAAAGAUGGUGGGCUUUUUAUUCCACAAACGAUCCCAACUCUCCCUUGUGACUGGAAAGCUACCUGGUUAAACCAUUCAUUCACCUCUUUAGCUCUUGAAAUAUUUUCACUUUAUAUACCUGACAGUGAAAUUCCUCGUAAGGAUUUGGAAAGAUUAAUUAAUAAAUCUUAUUCAACGUUCAGAGCUCCUGAUAUUACUCCAUUAAAAAAAAUCAGAGAAAAUUUUUAUAUAUUAGAAUUAUUUCAUGGACCUACAUUUGCUUUCAAAGAUAUUGCAUUGCAAUUUUUGGGAAAUUUAUUCGAGUAUUUGUUAGAAAAAAAGAACUUGGAGGACAAUUUAGAAGGAAAAAAAACUAAAAAAGAAAAGAUUACAAUUCUUGGAGCUACUAGUGGUGACACUGGAAGUGCAGCGAUUUAUGGAUUACGAAAUAAAAAGGACAUUUCAGUGUUCAUUCUACAUCCCCAAGGCAAAGUAUCUCCCGUGCAAGAAGCUCAAAUGACCACCGUGUUAGAUAAAAAUGUCCAUAAUCUUGCAGUUGAAGGAACUUUUGAUGAUUGUCAGGAUAUUGUCAAAACAUUAUUUUCGGAUAGUCAUUUUAAUCAAAAACACCAUUUAGGUGCCAUAAAUUCCAUUAAUUGGGCAAGAAUUUUAGCACAAAUCGUGUAUUAUUUUUAUUCUUAUUUUCAACUUUUUUCAUCGUUAAAUAUUUUACCAAAUUCACCUGAAAGUAGUAAUAUUCAUCUUCAGUAUUGUGUUCCGACAGGUAAUUUUGGUAACAUUCUGGCAGGUUAUUAUGCUAAACGUAUGGGAUUACCAAUUGAGACAUUAGUGGCAGCCACAAAUUCAAAUGAUAUUCUAGAUAGAUUUUUUAAAACAGGCAGAUAUGAAAAAAUAACGGAUGAUAGUAUUAAUAUUGAUGAAAGCGAUGAAAAAGGAAGGAAAAAACAUGUAGUGCAUGAAACGUUAAGUCCAGCAAUGGAUAUUACUGUUUCAAGUAAUUUUGAAAGAUUAUUAUGGUAUAUUGCGUAUGAUUCCAUUGAUACCAACGAAGAAAAAAUAAAACUUGCGGGAUCGAUCGUGAAUAAGUGGAUGGAGGAUUUUAAAUCCAAACAAUGCUUAGUCGUAGAAAAAACACAAUUGGAAUCAGUAUUAAGAGAUUUUAAGAGUGCUUGUAUAUCCGACCAAGAGACAAUGGAAACGAUUCGUCGUUAUUACGCGCCGCAAGACUCCAGAACCCAAAUUUCAUAUGUUUUGGAUCCACAUACAGCGGUUGGAGUAACAGCAGCCGAUAAACAAAAAAUUUCUUCGAAUACGUAUCAAAUUUGUCUUGCAACAGCUCACCCAGCAAAAUUUUCAGCAGCCGUUGAAGAAUCACUAAAAUCAUGUAAUGAAUUUAAAUUUCAAGACAUUUUGCCAACUGAGUUUGUUGGGUUAUUGGAAAAAGAAAAAAGAUGCGUGUAUGUAGAGAAAGCGGAUUCUGAAUUGGUUAAAAAG